AUAGAACCCUCCGCGCCUCUCUGUGUUUCAGUUUAGUUGUGCCUUGACCUAUAUAAUAUCGAGCUGGUCUCUACCUCGGUCCUCUAGGCCCCCUACAUACUCUCGACGACAUCCAUCAUGCCGCUCACCAUCUCAUGCAUGCCCGAGGAGAUCCUCGAGCACAUUUUACAAUUCGCUGUCGUCACGUCAUCUCCCUCUGCCGGCUACCGCCCUUCCUGGCAUUCAAUGAAAGGCUAUGUUCCCUCCGGCAACAGCACUCGUGUCCCCGCACACAUCGCGCCGCUGCUCGUCUCCCGCACAUGGCGGCGCAUCGCGACUCCUCUGCACUACCGCCAUGUCGUGCUACGCACUGCCCGGAACACAGCACUCCUAGCGGGCACCCUGCGCACGAGCCCGGAGCUCGGCGAGCUCGUGCGGAGCAUCCGGAUUGAAGGCACGUUCGACGCGCUCGUGGACGUCGUGUGCUCCUGCCGCAACCUGGAGGCUUUCGAUAUGACUGUCGACAACGGCUCCGCUCCUCCGGUCGCGCCGGGCAUGAUAUCCAGCGCGCAGGCUGACCCACACGAGGCGGAUGCGAAGGUGUUCAAGUUCUGCAGCAGCUUUGCGAAGAUGCGCAAAAUCAGGCACCUCGUCAUUCGCAAGAACGCUUAUCUGACGCAGCCGGGGCCUACGCUUAUUUUCGAGCAGCUCGGGAAGGCUAUCACCUCCUGGAAGCACCUCGAAACCGUCAACAUUGCAUUCCGCUUCUCGCCCUCUCCAGCAUCCGCAUCGUUCGCAGCAUCUCUGGCCAUCGCACCGAAAUUGCGUGACGUGAGCGCGCUCCUGCCAGCGGUCUGGAACACCACCCUUCUGGAGAUUUCUGCAAACCCGUCGCUGGAGCGGAUCCAUCUGACACCCGACACGGAGCUAAUGGGCGCACAUCUCUUCCUCGCCGAGGCUCGUAAGCACUCGCGGCUCAUCGAGCUCAUCCGCGCCGGGACGCCGAUCAUGCGCAUGCGCGCGCGCACUACCACGGCGAUCCCGCUCCCCACGCAAGCCAUCGAGUCCCCCAAUAAGCUCAGACCCGGGUUCAGCAGCCAGGCUCUGCCAGCGCGCUCAAAGCCGGAGCACUUGACGCGCCGCGGGGCGCUGCCAAUGCUCGUUACGCCGCCGGUGCGUAAUGCCCCUGCCGGGCGCAGAAUGAGCGCCGUCUAAGCAUGGAGACAUUCACGCUGCGGUCCAAAAUCCGUAUUCCGACAUGGCGCGAUGCGCCCCCUAUGUGAGGCCUCAUUACUGCCUCGCCGCUGCCUCCUUGAAUCCAUGUACUUCAUAUGUGGAUACCCCAUACCCUUUUGCAUGUCAUACCCGGAGCGUAUUCCAAGCGCCGCCCCUUGAGAUUGCCUUUUUUUUGCCGUGUUUCAUCUGACACGCGGAUGCCAGUUUGGCUUUCAUCUCCAACUUGGUCCCUGCUCUUGCCUCAUCGCUCUGUCCCGGACCCUCGUGGCUGAACUCUAGGUUCUCCUUUAGUCGCCGUUGUUGUUGCAUUUGUCAUUUCACUUUCCCCGCAUGUAUUUUACCGUCAAUACUCGUUCCCCGAGCUUCUCUUCUAUCACGCCGAGUAGAUCUUUCCAGACUGGUGCGCAAUCACGAAUAA